UCGUGGGCGUCAGGCACAGGCUAAACCUCAUUGGGCCUUUUCGGCUGCGAUGCAAUUUUAAAAGACAAUCGCCUUGUCCCGAUUCCCGUCGCCUCCCACGCGGCUUGCCCUCUACUCUUCUUCAUCUUCAACUUGCAAAUCUGCAAAUCGGUUGGCACGGGCGACAUCUGCACCAGGUCAAUAGGCGCAUUCACUCCUUUAUACCCGCCUAGACCGUCCACUCCCUAUUUCUAGUCCGCCCACUCGCUCCCUGUUUAAUCGACGGAUAAUCUCGCUCCCCCGCGCGCCCACGAUGCUCUCCUCGCUUCUCCUCGUCGCCGGCACAGCAGCCGCCGCAGCCACCGGUGGCACCGUCUGGGCGACUCCUCACGACAGCUACUCGUCCAGCGUUGGCGUCCUCGGCUGCAAAAUCAACACAGACCGUGUCGCCUACUGGCCAGAGACCGUCACCUGCGACAACAUCUGCGUGUCGCUGUCGUACGGCGGGCGCCAGGUGUAUCUGCUGCGCGUGGACCAGUCUGGCGGCGCCCACGACAUCAGCUACGAUGCCUGGAACUACCUGUACACGGGCAAUUCGGCGGCCGACAAGCCUGUCGCAGGCGGUGCCAUUGCCAUGGAGUUCAAGCCUGCGGAUCCCAGCAAGUGCAGCGGCCUGAUCAACACGUCUGGCGGCAAGAUGCCCCUCAGCGCAGCCAACAGCAUGAAUUACCUCUCCGACUGUCUGUCGCAAAAGGAUAGCUGGAUCGCAAAGAACUACGUCCUCUACAACAUCCUCGAUCCCAUCUGCACUCUUGGUCACGACGAAACCUGCUCGCUGGAUUGGCCCGCAAAGAACCAGGCAACUUGCAGCCACACCCUUGGCCUCCCUGAUUCCCUCAAGGACGCUCCCGUCUUCAACAUUCAGUACCCAAGCGGCAAGAAGGUCCUCGCUGGCAGUGUUGCUACUGGUGCUGAUGCUGGCCACAACUCGGCAUCCGCAAUGCACUGGUCGGCUGCUUUGAUGGCCGGUGUCCUGGCGUUGCACUUGCUUUAAAAUUGGCGAUGCGGCUUAUUGAAUUGAACAUACACUCCUUUUCUGUGUACAUACUGUACAAACUAUUUUUGUAGUUACGUUAGAUACCCUAUGCGUGUUGGAAACAGUUUUAGUUAGCGGAAUUUUAUUUCUUGUUUACAAUUUA